GUGAGGAGUAGGAAUAGUGUAAAAAGGUUCUUUUUUCAUUAAAUAUUAAUAAAAUCGAAAAAAGAUUCUUUAAAAACAACUAAAAAUGUCCAAGUUAGUUGCUGCUAUUCCAACUUUAGCAGGAAAGCUACUGCAAGCAGGACGCCCUAAACUCAUGACCUUUAUGAAAUACGCUAAGGUAGAACUCUCACCUCCUACUCCUGCUGAUAUUCCCCAGAUUAGAGCUGGACUUGGUAGGCUUAUCACUGCAGCUAGAACUGGAUCAUGGAAAAACCAAACUGUUAAAGAAGCCUGGUUGAACACCCUCGUUGGAGUCGAAGUUUUAUGCUGGUUCUAUGUUGGAGAAUGCAUUGGAAAACGCCACAUUGUUGGUUAUGAUGUAUAAAUAGGCCUAUUUUAUUUUUUUUAAUGUAGAAUACACUUACAUAAUAUAUUAGUUAUUUCAUUGAUAAAUUACAAAGUAAUACAAAUGCAUUUUUAAUAUACCUAAUUUGCAAAGAGACCAGCAUUAAAGGUUCAUUCUUUUUAAAUAUUUUUUCUUUUUGAAAAAAUUCAAUAGUAAGUAUUAAAUUUUAAAUUAUUUUUACUUAGGUGUAAUUGGGAACUAUACAGUAGUAAAAUGUACAUCUAUUUGUGUUAUACUGUUAUAUAUUAAAAAAAAAGUUAAACAGAAGCAUUAUUGUUUAUUAACUGUUAACUAUUCAAACUACAUAAGUUAAUUCCAACUUUGAACCCUGUCUUUUUCUUCAAUUUCCUUCCAAUUUGGAGAAUGUU